GCUUAAGGUAAAGUUGAGAUACACAACGUUAACCACGACAUUAGUCUUGUGACAUACACAGUACAUGAGGUAGCAGUACUUACUAGGUACCAGGAAGAAGAACUUAUCCGACAAAUUGGAUCAUUUAUCUAGUACUUGGUAGUAGCACCCCCCUGUUAUCAACUUGGCAUUUGGCGUUUGGCGUUUUGCAUUCUCAUCAUUUUCUCUACCAACCUACCUAUCUCCCCACCUCAUCAUGCCUUCAGGCUUUCAUUACGGCCCACUGGAAUGAUGCACACUCGUGUAGUCCAUACUAAGGGUCAUAUCCCAUCUUCAUCUACUGAAGCAUGGAGGAUAUCGCGAUGGAAAUUGGUAGCAAUCAUAGUCAUUGGGCUCUUCUCACUACUAUCUCUACUUUACCAGUGGAAAGGAGCAAGCCUGAUAAUUAAUCGACUCACAAGUCCUGAGGCGGCGGUGACCUAUUCCGAAGACUGGAAAUGGAAUGAUAUUGAGCCCAGCAGGACGCUUCGUUGGCAUCGUUGCUACGAUGACACUUACGACUGCGCAAGAUUGGAUGUCCCGAUGGACUGGCUCGACCCGUCUGAUGACCCGUCGGGAAGAGUCGUGCUAGCAAUCACACGACUUAGAGCCACCGAGUCGGGGAGCUAUCGAGGAAGCAUAAUCUUCAAUCCAGGGGGUCCUGGUGGGUCGGGCGUUUACGCUCUCAGAGAUCGCGGCGCACUUCUGCAGACUAUUGCUGGCAAAGACCAUGAUAUUAUAUCCUUUGAUCCCCGGGGCAUCGGCGCAUCGAUCCCGCGAGUCGACUGUUGGGGUUCCGAGGAAAAGAGCCGUCUCUGGGCAUUGCAGGACGUUGGUGUAGUAAAUGCCCACCCCGGAGUGAUUUUCGACGCCUUCGCACGAGCAACCGCUUUCUCACAGGCUUGUGAAAGGAAUACGAAUAACUCACCAUUGCUUUCGCAUAUUAGCACCGUUUCACACGCCCGCGACUUGUUUGAGAUCAUGCAUCAAGCUGGGCAAGAUAAGCUCAAAUAUUGGGGGUUCAGCUAUGGGACAAUUCUAGGCGGUGUCUUCGCAGCUAUGUAUCCUGAUAAAGUCGAAAGGCUUGUCAGUGAUGGAAACGUGGACUACCAAGAAUGGCAUUGGAAUUCUUACAUAAAUUUUCUACACGAUACUGACAAGGUCAUGGAGGCCUUUUAUGACUUUUGUCACAAAGCCGGCCCCUCUAGCUGUGAUUUCUAUGCAUCAUCCCCAGCGGCCAUAGAAGAACGGCUCGCUAACUUACUUUUGCGAAUCCGAGAACAUCCCAUCAUAGUACCGGCAUCCGGAACGGGACCGGACAUGCCCCAGUUGAUUACAUGGUCUAAUCUCAAGCGGUUGAUCUCUGCCGCACUAUACCGACCGAUUUUUAUGUUCAAGGAUUUCGCUAAGGUUCUUAAGUCCUUAGAGGACGGAGACGGUGAGCCUUUUUACCGAAUGGUAGGGUCCAAAGACUCCGUACCUGUCUGUUCAGUCGAAACUAUCCCACCUAAUGUGCCAAGGCUGGAAGAGGGAAAUGCGGAUGCUUUCCCUGCGAUUCUUUGUGCCGAUUCACCUCCCAUGGAAGAUACGGUAGAAGAAUUCGCCGAGUUCGUUGAAGAACUCACACAUAUCAGCUCUGCAGCCGGCGAUGUCAAUGCUCUCUUCAGGAUGGCCUGCGUAGGCAGGACCGUCAGACCUAAAUGGAGAUAUGCCGGCCCGUUCGAAGGCAACACAAGCCAUCCAAUUCUCUACGUGGCUAAUAUGGCCGAUAACGUAUCGCCGCUCGUCAGCGCCAGAAACAACUCCCGAGGGUUUCCAGGGUCGGUGGUCUUAGUGCAGAAUUCCUACGGGCACACUAGCCUUUCAGCAGCUUCAGUUUGCACAGCCGGAUACAUUCGCGCCUACUUCCAGAACGGCACGCUCCCAAAGCCAGGAACAACAUGUGAGCCAGAUUACACGCCUUUUGAUGACGUAUAUCCAAAAGUUGGAGACGAAUUGGCAAUGGCAUCUUACGAAUUGAUGAACUCAAAUUGGGGGUUUGAACCAGGGCUAGGAUUGCGGUUCUCGUGAAGCAUGGUGUUGUGGUAUUGGUUCUAUCCUAAGUCGUGUUCAUCACUAAUGUCUUUAAUCGCAUUGACAUAUCCCCAGGUAUUAUGCAUUGGUUGGGAAAUUAAUAAACGAUUUAC